UUUUCCUAAUGCGGGAAAGUCGACCCUCUUGAGAGCACUGUCCAGAGCCAGACCAGCGGUGGCAGCAUACCCAUUCACAACUCUCAAUCCCCAUGUCGGCAUGGUCAUUUAUGAUGAUUUGGAGCAAGUGGCAGUUGCAGAUAUACCUGGCCUGAUCAGAGGUGCCCACCAAAACCGAGGCCUAGGCCACUCUUUCCUGCGCCACAUCGAGCGAUGCCGCUGUCUGCUCUACGUCAUUGACCUCUCUGUCAAGGAGCCCUGGUCACAGCUGGCCGACCUCCGUUACGAACUCGAACAGUACCAGCCUGGCCUAUCGGAGAGACCUCACGCAGUCGUUGGGAACAAGAUAGAUCUUGAGGUGUCAAGGACCAACUUGAUGGAGUUCCAGGACAUGAUCCAGAUACCUGUAAUAGCAAUAUCCGCACAACUGAAGAACAAUAUUGAACCAUUGAAGAAGCACAUAAGAAAGCUGUAUGAUCAGGACAUCAAAGGAGAUAACAAGGCCAAACAGUCUUUGGGUGAAAGGACAGUUCAGAAUCCAGUCAAAAGAAUUCUUUGACCGUUCAUAGAGGAUGAUAUAUUAUGUAUAAUAUUUUCUUGGAGUGAUCAUAUUAAAACUUAUACCCAUUUCAAAUUCUAAUUUUGUCAGAAUGUACUUUUCUUUUGGUUUUGUCACAAAGUGGUGCAUUUGAUUUGGUAUCAAUCUAUUGAUGUGGAUUUUAACACAGUGAAUUAGAACA